GUUGCGCAAAGGGAGGAACAAGGACAGCAAAAUGCCUUGUUUCCCAGGAGACAGUUCUGAUCACGUUAAAUUAAUCUUCGUUUCGCACACUGACUAGGAGCUGAUUUAAACGUUUAAAUAUGCGCUCCCUUCCGCAGCUGAGUCUUCUUUCCAACCCUCCGGAGCCUUCCCGGAAUUGAAGUGGGCGGUUACAAAGGCAGAUUAUCGAAAGCGGGUUUAGGGAAGAGAAGAUGCCUUCGCGGAGCGGACGAGACUUCUAACAUCUGAGCAUUGAACGCAACAGGCACCAGGCUAUGUUAUUUUUUUACAUUUUGCUAUUUCAGCUGCUUAUAAAUUUGUCUGCAUUUCCUCACUGCUCAAUACCAAUCAAGGAAUCAAAGGGUGCAAUAGAAGAAGUAUUCAUCCUUGCAGAGAAAGCCAAUUUAUUCAUUGGACGACAUCUUCUAUACAACCGAUUUGACUUUGAACUAAUAACCCAAGGAGAUCUUGAAAGAGAAUGCUAUGAAGAGCAAUGCAAUUUUGAGGAAGCAAGGGAAAUUUUUGGAGAUUCAAAAAAGACAAUGUCUUUUUGGUCUGAAUAUACUCUUAGAGGUCCUGGCUCAAAAACAGACGGCAAAGCAGUAGAGAAGAUUGACGUUAUAGGACUUUUGACUGGAUUGAUUGCAAUUGGAGUACUAUUGAUAAUACUUGGAUUGCUUAUUUAUUAUCUGUGCCAAAGAAGAUGCAAACCAAGAUUACCAGGGCACAGAAGCUCCAGGAGGCAUAAUUCUUCCAUCGUCUUCCAAAGACGAGAAGAGUUUUCUUUAAAUCCUGUCCCUCCUCGUACUAUGGGACAGAUAGGAUUGCCAACUUAUGAUCAAGCAAUGGCAUUAAGAGAAAAUUAUGAUUCUCCACCUCCACCAUAUCCUGGACAUUCAGGAAAGCUCAAAGUAUUCAAAAAGUCUCUCUCUCUUCCGGGUCCUUGAUGAACAAAUAUGGUCCAUAUGAAACUGUUGAAAAUUAGUCUUAAUAAAAGAUGUGCAGCUGAAAUGCUAUAAUAUAGCACUCUAAGACAGUCUGAAGUUGCCUGCCCAUGAUGGAUUAAAGGGUAACAGGAAGGAACCCAUUUCUCCGAUGUUCUAAUAAUUCUAAAAGACUCAGUUUAUGAUAUUUCCAUUUGUGUGUGAACUUGGCUUCUAUGCAUUUUGAGCCAUUGAGUAAACUGAUGUGCAGUUUUUCCUUUUUCCUAUAACUGAGUUUUAUUUUCAAUUCUGAAAAUUACACGUUUUCUAGCGUAUUUUUCUUUUGAAUUUUCUCCCAUGAUAAAAAUGUGUUUACUAGUGACUACCUGGUCCAGUCCUUAGUUUUGUUGGCAAUAAUGUUGGCAGAAGUACUUUGCCAUUGCUAGCUUUCUAGGGCUAGGAGAAAGUGACUGGCUCCAUUUCAUCUUUGUGUCUAGGGCAGGAUUACAAUUUAGUUUCCUGGUUUCUAGCCCAAUGCCUUAAUCACUACACCAAACUGGCUCUCCUAUGAUAAAACUGCUAACACAUUAUAAUUUCAAUUAUCUAAUUGAAUAUCUGAUGUUUCUUAUACUAGGAAGAAUAUAUCCAUGUGGGUGUUAUCAAUAAGUUUUUAUAAAUAAAAUAACUAUUUGUACCUA